AUGGCGGAGACGAAGGACGCAGGUCUAGCACCCAUGGAAUUUAACCAUGAAUCUCAAAACGGCCUACCUAUGGUAACCACGAAUACACAAACACCAAACGAUGUCCCCACUGAAGUGGACUACGGGCGAUCAGCUCCCGUUGAUGUCACUGUGGAGGAAAACGAAGAAUUGCCAGAUCCUAAGAAUAUGCCGGAAACAGCUUUUGUCAUUGCCUUUUGCGUUAAAUUCAACGAAGCUCUCAAAAUAAGUUUUUGGCCAGAGGAUUUGGAUGCAGCUCUGUGUAGCACUGAGGAAAAUCCUUUGAUCGAAAAAUUGAAUCGCCUAUUCCUCAGAAAUUUGCUUAACACAGAACGCUUAGUCGAAAAAAAUAAGUGGAUGACCGUGUUAUCUAAUGUCAUAUCGAAAAGACUCGAAAAUAAUGAAGAUUUUUAUCUUGAUUACAACCCUCUAAAACGUGUAGAUGACAACUAUUACGCAUUAAGUGUUCGUGACAAGGUGAUGAUUUUACAAUGCCUGGUCAGCUGGCAGCUGAUAAGUUCAAGUAAAAUUAAAGGUCUUAUUAAACAACAACACCUUGGAUUAAAUGAGGAUGAAAUUAAACCAUUGGAGGUUGAAGUGCUUGGAGAAGAUGCUAAAAAAUCAAAAUAUUAUUAUCUAGGCAUCGGCGCUAGAAUUUAUCGAGAAACUUUGAUUCCAGAUCUUAAAAAUCCAUCUUCGAUGAAUAUAAAGUGGGAAGCCGUGUCAACAACUAUUCAUGACUUAAAAAAAUUUGUGGAGAAUCGAAAUGAGAUAGAUCCAAGUCGAUCAGAGAAGGAAAACGCCUUGUAUACUAAAAUAGUUGGGCAAGUUAUUCCAUAUCUUGAGCCCUUAGCAAUGGAAAAAGUCAAGGAAGAGCAGAGAAGACAGAUCAAGGAACGUAAAAAAGAGACGAGAAGAGAUAACAAUCUCAAGAAGAUUUUACAGAUACAUAAUGAUGCAGAGAUUUUACCCACCAGAACUCGU